GAUGGCUAUCUUCUAACACAGAUGAGGUUAUCAACAGAAAGUUUAGGGUUGUCCUUUAUGACAAAAGCUUCCCAAAACGACAAUGGCAUUCUCACUGCAUUUUGGACAGCGUCAACUAGCCUAAUAAGAACUCAAGUGUUGCAUUUUACUUUUGAAUGUCAUUGUUGUUGUGCCACAGUACACGUACUGCUGCAUCCUUGUGUUUACUUAUGUCUGACCUAAAGUGGGAUUUGUGUUUCUGUUGAUUUCAAUUAAAAGACUGAAUAACUGAUUAUUGAGGUGAAUAUAGGCCAAUCCAAAUCCAGUUACUGUUAUAACUCGAACAUCUGAAUCAGUAAAAAAAAAAAAUGUUUGAAAAAAAAAAGCCUCUUUGUUGGCUUUUCGUAGUAUGGAAUGAAACAAUAUCGGCAGUUAUAUCAAAUUCUAUGGCAUUGCUGAUGGUGUUAUCGGUGGCUGGAAUGCCGAUGCUAAUUCUUGUGAUGAUGUCUGCUUUGACGUGGGCUUCCCUGAUAGACGAUGUGACCAUCUCACACAGAGCACCUCCGACAUCCUUGACAAUUGCAGCUAAGUUGAGUGAACGUACGGAGGAACUGUUGAAUAGGCUGCAUCAACCUGUUUCCCAACGCGCUGCAGGAACAGUGUCUAUUCAGCUGAGCCGCUUGGCAAUUUUCACGCUCAAUAGGAUAUCCAUUCACGUUUUACUACUUUUUUACCCAAGCGUGGUUUCAUUGCGGUUCGGGCUUCAUGAUUGCGCUGUGGAUUUCGGCUUCAGUCACUGAGGUGCAUCUCGGAACAGUGAUCAUUUUGUUCCUGUUAUUCUGAGGAAUAUGCGUCUCUGCUCAACUCUUUUUACCGGCAGAAAUCGGAACAGUUGUUAAAGGUGUUCUCUAGCUUUACUGGAGGCAGACGUUGCCUAUCACUGCGCUCUUAAGACUUGUUACAAACUGCUUCGCUCCUCCGACUGGCUGCUGACAUGCAGUCCUUUAUAUCUCCGGUGACAAAGGCAAUUUUAGUGGCUUUGUUUAUUUUUGCUAUUUUGCUUAUUCUGUAUGUUAUACUGUGGUACAUAUGCAGAGAUGUGGAUUGUGAUCACGGCAUCUGAUGUUGGAGAUUCAUCGAGCAUCAACGGAGUAGAGUAGAUGGCUAUGGAGAAGUCAGGGUGACCCUGGUGAGUCCAAUGUUUUGCCCAAACAAAAUGGAAAGGUGGCAAUAGUGACCGGGGGUGCCAAAGGAAUGGGAUAUGAGACGGUGAGGCGUUUGACGAGCCUUGGCAUGCACGUUAUCAUAGCCUCAAACCAUGACAAUGAGGGUUUGGCAGCAGUGAAGAGGAUCUGUGAAGAAAGAAAUGAUGCCCAGGUUGAGUUUGAGCACCUUGACCUUGCCUCCCUGAAGUCUGUCCGGCAGUUUGUCAAUAGGUUUCAGCACCGAGGACUUCCCCUGCAUGUCCUAGUCAACAAUGCAGCUGUUAUGCUGGUGCCUGAAAGUACAACAGAAGAGGGCUUCGAGCAACAUUUUGGCAUCAAUUACUUGGGCCACUUCCUGUUGACCAGCCUCCUCCUGGACACCCUGAAGCAGUCCGGGCAGCAUGACUCCUGUUCCCGCAUCGUCACCAUCUCCUCCUCCGCACACCACAUGGGCCACCUCAAGAGAAGGCAAAGCUACAGUCCCCAUGCUGCGUAUGCCCACAGCAAGCUGGCUCUUGUGCUUUUCACGUACCGCCUGCAGCACGAGCUCACAGCGGGGGGAUUUCCAGUGACGGCCAACGCCGUGGACCCGGGCAUGGUGGACACAGCCUUGUACCGCCACUUAUGCAGUCCCACGCAGCUUGCCAAGAGGCUGGUGGCAAGACUGCUAUUCUGGACGCCAGCCCAGGGAGCCUCCACUGCCAUCUUUGCAGCCGCCGCCCCUGAGCUGGAGGGGGUGGGGGGGUGCUACCUGCACAACGGACGGCGGGCCCGGUCCUCCGGGGACUCCUACGACGAAGCCCUCCAGGCCGACCUGUGGACUCAGAGCUGCCGGCUGGCGGGCCUCCUGCCAGAGCCUCGCCGAGCAGACUGAAGGGGGAGCACUGCUGUCAGAGCUCCACGGAGGACAAGAGACAAUCCUGUCCAGCCAGUUUCCCUGCUGCUGCUGCUGCUGCUGCUGUCACUGUCGCUUUCCCAGCAUCUGAAAAGCGGAAACUCCAACCCUGUU